AUGGCGUCACCUUUUAACCUAAUCAAAAUCGAUUCCUCACCUAGUGUGAGUGAUUCUCUACUAAGUACAUUAAGUAACGAGGAAAGCGAACUAUCUAUCAAAACACUUCAUGGAUUUGGCACUCCAAGAGUGCAAACCCGAAAGAAACGUAGCAUUGAUUCAUCUUUUUCUUCAUUAAAAUAUCCGGACUUUCCUGUGAAAACUCAAUGUUCUAGUUGUAGCAAACUAAUUACUACUCAAAUUCAUCAUAAAAAUGGAAAAUUUGUAUAUAUAUUAGCCAUGGGAUUAUUUAGUUUGACAGUGGUUUUAUUCUGGGUUCCUUUUGUCGUGGAUUCUUGUAAAGAUGUAACACACAGUUGUCCAAAUUGUGGUAAUCAUCUAGGGACACGCCAUAGACUUAAUACCAUUGGGGAAAUUUUUGAUCCUCCUAUCGAUUUAAAUUUAUGUUCAUUACCAACCGAAAUACUUUUGAGAAUCUUGUAUGAACUUAUUUUAUCCGAAUCUCCUAAUCCUCCAAAGACUGCUGUAACUUCUCUACCUUUAGUAUGCAAAAUCUUUUACAUGUUAUCACAUGAUCGUAUCGUAUGGGAACAAGUUUUCAUGUCUGAAUAUGAUGUUUCGGCAAGAAAACGUCGGUUUGUCACGUGUAAUUUCAGAAAAAUUUUCUUUCAACGUUCUCAAUUAAAUGUUGAUACUAUGGAUUCUAGUCUUCGUGCUUUGGAUAGUUAUUCUAUCAAUGAUUUAUCUCAGAAUGAAUCUACUUUAAAUAAUGUUUUGAAUGCUUUGACAUGCCUAUGGGUUCUUGUUUCUGAAAAUGACGGAAGAAAUUCAAAAAAGCUUCUUGAAAUGCGUGCUCCUGAAUUUUGUUCUCAAGUCUUUCAUCUAUUAUAUGCUGACAUGGACUCUUCAUUAAAACAUCUUGCAUGCAUAUUUAUAUCUAUUAAAAUCAUAUCAAUGCUAUUAGUCUAUGGUCCAUUUGAUAGUAUUAUAGAGCGUAUUGCUGUCAAAUUACGAGGACGUGUAAUUCGUUGGGAUCCUAAUAAUGAUGUUGUGUUUCCUAUGCUUGAUUGUCAUGCUUUACACAUUUAUCUUUUAUACUUUGCUAAUGAAGAAAGAACUCCUGUUAUUCCCGAAUCGAGUAUUUUUGAUUCAAGAAAAUGUGAUAAAUGGUUACAAUGGACUCAUAUGGUUGAUGUAUAUUCUUCAAAUAAAAUUUUAUGGUGUCUUCGAAAUGAUGGUUAUGAUUGGCCUAAAAGUCCUCAAAGAUAUUGGACUGGUUUAGUUACGGAUAAUGAAAUUUUAACCGUUGAAAAAUUAUUAUUAGCCGAUUUUAAUUUUAUGGAACUUGAAAUUGUUGCAGAACAUAGUGAAGAAGGUUUUGAAAAUCUUGUUGAAAAAGUUGAUUCAAAUUAUGUAGAUAGUGCAAAGUAUUAUAUUUUAGAUGGUUCAUUAACUGAUGAUAAUGGUAAAGAAUUUAUUAUUGAAGGUGAAUCUAUUCCAAUCGAUAAAGGUAGAAGGGUAAAUUUUGUUGGUAAUAAAGUUUGGAAUUUUUGUGGUUUUAUGACUGCUUUUGGUAUUAUUGGGAGAUGUUGGUUAAACGGUGUAAAUAUUGAAAAUGCUGGUUUUUUCUGGCUUUGGGAAGAUAUAUAA